CCUUGGCUUUGGCAGCAGCAUGUGGCUAUAAAAGUGAACGUCGACAGGCGACUGGUAAACAAGCUUUAAAAAGCAAAUGGAAGAUAUGUGGCUACCGGUAAUCUUUAUUGCCUGUCUCGUGGUUGCCAGCGGGUCCGGGAACGAUGGCAAGACGGUCGCUGAGCCAACUUUUGUGCCGCGUUACACUCUGACGGCUGAAAGUAAGAACAAGGAUCUGGACCUGAGUCCAGACGGCGAUCGGCAGAGACCGCCCAUUAACGAGAAUGGACAUCCGACACAGAAACCCUGGCGACGCGGAGAAUACGUAUACGAUAGUGUUUACACUGCCAACUGGCCAGCUCCUUCUGCUCCCAAUGCCAUGCUGGGCCUUCUCGGUCCUUUGCUGGCACCCGGCCUCCUGCUGAUGGGCGUGAAUCUCGGUGCGCUUCUCUACAUGCUCCUCGGUCUGCUGGGUCUGGCCCCGCCGCGGAAUAACCGACACGCGACUGCGGACGACAUUUACCGCAGAGACAGACACAAUUUGGGUGAUGGCAAGGAAUCGGCCAUAUAUUUUUAGAUAAAGCGCGUUACGCAGUUUUCACACAACUUACAUAUAAAUAAACGUACAUAAAUAUA